CUCGUGUUUGGCAGACAUCACAUCACAUGUCUUCAGACGCGGCGAAGAGCGACGCAAAUGAGGUGACGGUCGCCGAAAAGGUGACCAAAUAUGAGCACUUUGUGAACGAUGUCUUGAGAGAGGACUUGAAGCGGGUUUUGCUCCGACAGGAACUCAUUUGCCAACAAAUGGCUCAAUACCUGCAACUGAAGGCUGUCUUCCAAGGCGUGCAACGGAACCGUUUAGUCGACGAUUGCGAAGACAAACCCCUGAAAAUGCAAACAGACAUCGGAUCCAACUUUUACGUCCAGACUGUCAUAGCGAAUCCGCGCAAAGUGUUUCUUAUGAUAGGAAUGGGUUUCUAUGUGGAGCUCACUCUCGAGGAAGCGCUCGCUUUUAUCGACAAAAGACAAACCCAUCUAAACGAAGAACUCAAUCAAUUAUCGACUCAAUCGUCGAAGAUUAAGGCAAACAUUAAUAGUGUUCACUUGUCUCUGCUAUUUGUGAUCGAGUUUUUCAUUGGUAUUGAUUGA